AUGCAUUUACCGAUGGAAGAAGGAAGAGAGAAAAGCUCGACGCAACAGGAUUCUGAAAUAACUGCCCAAGAUGAGAGGAUCGAUCCAAAUGCGACCAUCCUAAGCCAUUCUGUUUUAUCUCUACUUGUACCAAAGGUUGAAUAUGUUCAGGGCAGCGUCAAAGAAAUUACUAAAACACAGAACGUCCUUGCCAAAUCAGUCGAGCAAGAAAAUGAAAAGUUUCGGCAAAUUGGCUACAUUCAUGACUUAUCAAAUACUUUUAUUAGGUGCAGACGUUGCAGAUUUAAGCUAGUCAAUAUCAGGAGAGAAAUGUUGAAUCUGAGCGAUAGAAUGAAUAAAUUAAAGAAACGUGCUGCAAGACUAAAGUCUAUCCGCGAAAAGCAGCAGUUAAAGCAAGCCCAAGAAGAAGCCGAAAGACAAGCCUAUCAAGCUAGCUUACUUGCUAAACCCGCCAAGCAUUUAACAAAUCAAAACUGA